GAUUUAAAAAAAUCAUGUCCCGGCAUGGAAAUUUUUCUCACAAUGUUCCUAGCAAGCUUGUUUCAAGUUUAUUUGCACAGAAAGGGUCAGGGAGGUAUUGUGAUAUGACUCUAAAAUUUGGAGACGUCGAGAGAAAAGCUCAUGCUUGUGUUGUUGCAUCGUUUAGCCCCUUUGUUGACAAAUGGAUGUCAUCAGGUGAGGUUAUAGCACCCAUAUCUGUGCCUCUGGACUUGGAGAGAUUUUCCUGUCUCGACUGUGCCUCAAAAGUGAUUGACUUUAUGUAUAUCGGAAAAAUUCAAAUCGACAAUCAGCAUCUGGAACAUAUUCAAACUGCAAGUGAGGCUUUGCAGGUGUCAGAGCUUAUUAAAAUUUGUAGGAAACACACUGAUAAGAAUUGCUCCCGUAAGAAGGCUGAGGUGGACAAAUCUGUUCCCCUUCAGCUCUUGUCAACUUUAAAAAGUGAUAAAACAGAAGAGAAGAAUUGCAAGUCAUCAAGUAGUCAAGAAAUAUCAUCUCUAGCUUGUCAGGACUCUGCAAGAGAGUCAGUCAGUUCUAAUGCUUCCGUCAAUGGGAGAACAAGUGCCAAUGAUGACGAUAUUGAUGAAAACGAGUGGAGUGGAGUUAAAUGCCCCAAGUGCAACUUAAUAUUCAUGAACCUUGCCAAAUAUCAACAGCACUGUAGCACACAUCUGGGGAAGACUCUGACAACUUGUUAUGUGUGUAAUUAUGCCAGCAUUAGAGUGUCAGAUGUUAUCAAACACUUACAGGAAGAGGAUCAUGGCGAAAAAGUAUGUUCUAUCUGUCUGCUUGAAAUGAGCUCUUGUCAGACUUUGAAGGAACACUUGCAAGUUCAUGAUCAGACUCAGCCGUUCUUCUGUCUGACAUGCAAUACUCGAUUCCAAACCAGAACUGCUCUUCACUCCCAUAUAGUCAGGCAUACAAGUGAAACACCAUUUGUGUGCAAAGAAUGUGGAAGAGGAUUUAAAUGGAAACAUGGUCUUCAAAACCAUAUGGUAACACAUUCCAAACUGAAAACAUUUUUGUGUGAUGAAUGUGGUUACAGUACAGCUCAUUUAAGGUCUUUCAUUGAUCAUAAAACCAUUCAUUCUGGGGAAAAGUUCAAGUGCCCCAAACCAGAUUGCCAAUUUAUUUCUGUGAGAAAGGAAAGCCUUAAGCAUCAUUUAAUGACACACACUAAAGAAAAACCGUAUCAGUGUGAAGUAUGUGGGCAAGCAUUUUCACAAGCCAAAAAUCUUCGUCGGCAUGCUGCUUCCCACGACCCCAUGACUGAUCCUGAGAAGUGCCCUCUCUGCCCUUAUCAAACGUUUCGCAGUGACAAAUUUAAAGUUCAUUUUAGGCAGUAUCACAAAGAUGAAGAAACCAUUAGCACUAAACGAAAACAGAAGAGAAAAUCCUGUAGCAAUGGUAGCAAAAAUACUAAAGAAAUUUAUUCCUCAAGUAAUCUUGUUGAUCCAACAGCUCAAGGUGCUGGAGAGACUUCUUGUAGAAUAAGUUCUUGUGAUGAAAGCAAUGAUCAUGCUGUAGUUAAUUAUAAAAAAACACCCAAAAGUACAAAAUGCCAAAAAUCUAGUCAAAGCACAUUAGGUGUAAUUCACUCUAAACUGAAAACAAGAUUCCAACCAAUUAAUAAUAUGGAAAAACCGUCCUCAUCUGGAGGAGAAAGUGAAGUUUUACCUGAACACCUUAGUGUUUCUGUUGCUAGUACGCCAUUUUCAAACAGUAGUGAUCAAAAUCUACUGAAACUUAACAGUAUUUCUUCCUCCGGUGCUGAGACAAUAUCAGAAAAAAACACAAUUUUACUUCAAACAAUUGGUUUUAAAUCUCCAUCAGUAAUAGACUCUAGUGAUACUUUAAUAUUUAUGUUGAACGGACAGACAAUUAAAGAUAAUAUACAGAGUAAUCCUGAACCGACAGUAGCUGAAGAAGAAAUUAUGAUCUUCGAAGCUGAAGAAGUUCCAUCUUCUUCUGGUGAACUUAAUAUGCUUCAUAAUGGACCGUUUAUGGUAAUGGAUACGGAUUGUUUGGAAUCACAAACUUUAUCUAGACGAAGUGACACUACUUUGAUUGGUACUCAUCAUUAUGCAGACGAAAACCCUCCACAAUUCUCAAAUGUUAUUAUACUAGAUCAAUCAGGCAUGGAGUCUCUGAAUUUAAAUGUGUAUUCUGAUGGAAACAAAAAAUAAAAUUUCUGAUCUAUU